AUGCCUACCACUCCACUUCCGCCUAAUCUCAAAAGAAAAAAAAACAAGGAGCUAUCUUUAGAAAGGAGAAAAAAAAAUAUUCAAGUAACUUUUUCUCCAUAUCUUUCUUUGACUGUAACAGUGUACCGGUUCUUGCUGAAAUGUAAGCCUAAUGUAUCGGUGGUGCUGAUGGAACGUAAGCCAAAUGGAACAAUAUGUUCUGAAGAUAAAGAAGAAGAAGAAGAAGAAGAAGAAGAAGAAGAAGAAGAGGAAGGAGAAGAAGAAGAAAAAGAUGAAGACGAAAAAGAGAUCGAUGUGUUUAUUACUGAAAAGCCAUCAUCCUCAUCAUCAUCCUCAUCAUCAUCAUCAUCAUCAUCACCAUCACCAUCACCAUCACCAUCACCAUCACCAUCGCCAUCAUCAUCAGCAACAGCAACAGCAUCAAAAUGCUACGGUACAUCGUAA